AUGUGCCUCAACGCGCACAUGUUCGAGCGCUUUGAUCCGUCGUACCGUAACCAAAUAGAGCUCGAAGCGUUCGGCGCGGGGCUCCCCAGCCUCUACCGCGGACCGGACCGCCCUGUCGCCGAGGCCGUGGUCGACACCGCGGCCAUGCUCGCGGUGAUCUGCGCCGUGGCCGCGAUAUCCACGAUGCUCGCCAGCCCCUGGGUCUCCAUCGCGCUCGUCGCCAUCUCCCUCCUCCCGGCCGCCCGCUCGGCCUUGGGCGGUUGCGAGGGCAUCCUGCGCAACGUCCUCGCGAUAUUCGGCCGCCGCAAGCGUGCCAUCGCCCACACGCCCGUCCGGAGGGCCGAACCGGUCACGCUCGCCCCGGAAACCGACGAGUCGGAGGGAACCGAGCGCGAGGAGGCCCCGGCCACGCCUAGCACACCUGCGGUGCGCCAGUCGUUGCAGCCGGCCCACGGAGCGACGCCGUUCGACCCCCUGACCGCGAACUCCAUCGCAGCUGCUCGCAAGGCAGCGCAGCGGUCGCCCCCGGUGCGCGAGGAGGCGUCGACCGCGCCGGCGCCGGCGCCGGCUCCCACCACGGUGGAGCUGCACUUCCGCCCAGAGGCCGCGCCAGCGCCGGAGCCGGCCGCGACGGCCCCGGACACCAGCCCGUUCGUCGAUCCGAUCGAGGUGGACGCGCCGGUGGCGCUCGAGGCGUACGCGCCGCUCGAGUUCGCCUCUCCGGUCGCGUCCGUUGACUUGGGAGGCGAGGACCAAUACGAAGCGCCGUCUGUUGAUGUGCUGGAGAGCUCGGCUCUCGAAGUGCAAGAGGCGGUCGAGGUGCACGAGGUGGAGGAGGUGCUGGAGCCCCUGCGCGCGGACGGCGUGGACGAGGACGUCGCGCAGGUGGUGGAGCUGUCCGCGCAGCGGCAGCGCGAGAUCGCGGCGGAGCGGCAACGGCUGCUGUGGCACACCAACGAGCUGUUGGCGCUGCUCAAGCAGACCGCGACGGCGCUCGCGGAGGAGGACGACACGCGCGAGUUCCGCAAGCGCUACACGCUCGUCCGCGAGGCCGAGCGCCGGGCGUCGCGCGCGGCCAGGCUGGAGCGCGAGCGUCUGGCGGCGUCGACCGACCGCAUGCUCAAGCUGCUCGAGGUGACGUCGGCGGCGAUCAAGGUCAAGGACGAGCAGCGCGAGCGCGACGUUGCGCUCGCGCUGCUGCGGGAGCGCGAGGCUGCUGCGGAGAAGGAGCGCCUCGGGGCGUCGACGGCGGCGCUGCUCCAGCAGCUGCGCGAGGCGUCCGCGGCGCUCGCGAACGCGGACGCGACGCGGGAGCAGGAGGCCAGGGAGCAGGCGAUCGCGUACGCGAAGGCCGUCGAGGCGGCCGCGGAGGCGGACCGCCUGUCGCUGUCGGCGGCGAUGCUGAUCGAGCACUACCAGCGCACGGCGGCCGCGCUGUCCAAGGCGGACAUCACGCGCGAGCGCGCGCUCGAGGAGCGCCUGGCGCGCGAAGCCGCGGAGCUGGCCGCGCUGCGCGAGCAGGAGGCCGCGCUCGAGGGCGAGCGCCUGUCGCUGUCGACGUCCAUCCUGCUGGCGCACUUCGAGCACGCUGCGGCGGAGCUGGCGAAGGCCGACGCGCUGCGCGACGCGGAGCGGGAGCGCGAGGCGCUGGUGGCCAUGAAGCGGGCCGCGCGGGUCGCGGCGGACAAGGCGUCCGAGAAGAAGCGGCUCGAGAGAGAGACGCUGGUGAUGCUGGUGCAGUACAAACGCGCGGCGGGGGCGCUGGCGCAAGCGGACGCGACGCGGCUGCGCGAGCGCGAGGAGCAGCUGGCGCGCGCUGUGGCCGAGGCGGCUGCGCGGCGCGAGCAGGAGGCUGCGGAGGAGCAGGAGCGCCUGACGGCGGCGACGGCAGACAUGCUCGACAUGUACAUGCGCGCGUCGAAGGAGCUGGCGGAGGCGGACGCGGCGCGCGGGCUCGAGCUCAAGAAGAAGCUGGCGCUGGAGGCGGCGCUGCUGGUGGCGCAGCGGGAGCUGGAGAUCAGCACGGAGCAGAAGCGCCUGUCCGAGUACACUGCGGGGCUGCUGACGCACUUCAAGGACGCGUCGCGCGCGCUGGCGCAGGCGGACGCGGCGCGGGAGCGCGAGAUGGCGGAGCAGUGGGAGCAGGCGGUCGCGGAGCUGGAGCAGCGGCGCAGCGAGGAGCGGGCGGUGGAGGAGGAGCGCCUGGCGAAGAGCACGGCGGACCUGAUGGCGAUUCUGCGGCAGAAGUCGAACGACAUCGCGGACGCGGACGAGAUCCGCGAGAUCAGGAUCAAGGCCCGGGAGCUGGCCAGGCGGGAGGCGCACGAGGCCUUUGCCGAGGAAAUGCGCCUGCUGUCGUCCAAGGACGAGCUCCUGGUGCAGCUGCAGGAGUCGAUGCGGGCGCUCGCGGACGCGGACGCCAGGCGCGAGGAGCAGAUGGUCCGGCAGGACGACUACGAGGACGUGCCGGUGUUUGCAACGUACGACGACGAAGACCACUACGAUCUCGAGGACGAGGAGGAGGAGGAGGAGGAGGAGGUUGCCGCUGAAGCCAACGCGAUGGAGGAGGUGGUCGCACCGACGCGGCCGUCGUCGCCGGGGCGGGGCCGCAGCCCCCUGCCAGGCCGCCGGAUUUCCGGGCGCAUUGACGUCGUCCGCGAGGCCCCCGCGGCCUCCGCCGCGGCCGCCGCCGCGGCGCGGGGCUUCGAGUCGAGCCGCAGCCCGAGCCCGAAGUUCAAGUUCCAGCGGAUCCAGGACCACGGCGUUGGCAGGAACUGGCGCAACAGCCGCUCCGGGAGCCCGGACCGCAACUCCAGCCCCGGCCGCGGAACGACCCGGCCGAGCAGCCCUGGGCGCAGCCCGGCGCGGCCUGGCUCCCCGGCGCGUCCCGUCCCGCUCAACGGGAACGGGCAGGCCGGCCAGCAGUGGCCCGGUGCGGGACAGCCGUCCCUUGCGAUCGGAUCGCAGGGCUCGCAGCUCGCGGCGUACCCCUGGAGCGAGUUCAACGGGAACAGCAACGGCCACGACCACGCCGAGGACGACGACGGCCUCGGGUCGCCCCGCAGGAGCCGCUCCCCCGCGGGGGCUCGGGGGGAGAACGGCAACGGCGCGUUCUCCGACGCGUCCCCCAGCGAGGGCUCCGUCGCCACGGCGGCGAGGCCCGGCAGCCCGCGCCCGCACCGGGCGCGGAGCGUCUCGCCGGCGCGGCACCAGGAGACUGAGUUGAACGACAUUCUUGACGACAUGUCUUACAAGAGGCUGCUGAGGAUCACCAAGGACCUGGGGCUGUCCGACGGCAGCCGGCGCAACAACACGCGGAGGCGCCUCGUGUCGGUGCUGAAGAAGUACGAGCAGGAGCAGCCCGGGAGCGUCGAGGCGUGGAACGCGUCUGCCGCCAACAAGCAGCCCGGGAACCGCAUCUUCCGCGCGGGGGCGGGGUUCGGGUGA